AUGUCUUAUCCAAAAAGAUACGGCCAAGAAAAUAAUAGAGUUCUAGGUGAUGCAAAUAAUCAAUGUAUUCAAAGUAUUAAAAUGGGUUUUUUAAUGGGUGCAGGUGUUGGUGCAACAUUUGGUUCAUGUAUCGUUUUAAUUAUGUUUGCCGCAAAAAAAUUACCAAGAGCUAUUUUAAUGAAAACUCUUGGCUCAAGUGCAAUGAAAAUGGGUGGUAUGUUUGGUUGCUUCAUGGGCAUUGGUGGUGCAUUAAGAUGUGAAGUUGAUGAAACUAAAAUAAAUAAAAAUAAUAAAAACAAUAAUAAUAAUAAUAAUAAUAUCCACUCAUUUUUCAAAAAUAGUAAUACAGAAUAUGAUAUUUCAAAAUUUAAUAAAACCAAAUUUUAA